AUGACUGUGUCCGAGGACGCUGCGCCCGCGCCCGAAGAACAAGUCAAAUUGUAUACCAUACAUAUAUCGAGCAGGUAUCUCAACUUGACGAGGCAAAAGCUUGAACUUACUCGCCUCCCACACGAUGUUCCCCAAGCUCACAAGGAUGAAUGGUGGGAGCCCAAGUCAACAGUUGAGCCGUUGGUCGAUUACUGGUUGGAUAAGUAUUCAUGGCGCGAACAAGAAGCCGAGUUUAAUGCAACCAUCCCUCAGUUUCGAACGGCGAUCCGAACGUCAUCGUCCGAUACCCCUGUUCGCCUGCACUUUAUCCAUUCCCGAUCUGCACACGCCAACGCGGUUCCUUUGCUCUUGAUACCCCCGUUUCCAUUUACAAACUUGUCCCUGAAGCGCGCCAUCAACGCCUUCACGACUGUCAACGACCCAACAACGGAUAUUCCCUUCCAUUUGGUCAUUCCCUCGCUGCCUGGCCUGGGGUUCAGCGACCCGAUUACGAGCAACAAUCGCAUGAUCCCGCUUAUUGCCGAAAUGCUGAACACGUUAAUGCGUCGAAUAGGCUAUGAGCAUUAUCUUGCAACGAACGCCGCCCCCUCGCCAAACUCGGUCUCUGACAUUGACUGGCGAGUCAUUAACCAUGUCGCCACGUCCCAUUCUGACUCUUGUCUCGGCGUCCAUUUGGUGUCGCCGCCUUUCAAGGCGCCGACGUUGCAAAGUACCCCGAUGGAAUGGAUCAAGUGUAAAGCAGUAAUGGCAUUUUCGAAACCCAUGCUUGGCUAUUCCCAGGACGAUGUUACUGCCUUUCGACAGCAGGACAAGCCGAAGCGAGUGUCAGUCAAUGAUGCCCAGAUGAGUGUAAAUAAAGUCUUCGAACCGAAUACCCUCGCUUAUGCGCUAUGUGACUCGCCGACGGGGCUGCUACUAUUUAUUCUCAUGGUGUUGAGAAUGUUGGGACCUAGACAUCAGCUUUCGACAAGGGAGAUUAUUGAGAUUGCUGAAUUGACAUGGCUGCCCGGCGCGGAAGGGACCAUCAGGCUAUUGGCGCAUAGUGCGUCGACUACAGAUGAUCUGAAGACGGGCCCCAGAAAGCCCACGGCUGGAAUUACGGUAUUUGAGGAUAACAAAAACCAUGUGGCUGACCAGGAGCCGAGUGCCAUGGGACCCGUGUCAACAAACCUCUAUACCUGUAGGGUCUGGGGACGAAGGGCGUACAAUAUUGUAUCUUGGCAACGUGUACCUGGAAGCCCUGGACUGCUGAUAUGGGAGAGACCAGAAGUGAUAGCAGCUGGUGUGAGAAGGUUGGCAAAGUCCAUUGUCUCCAGGGAUGAUAGGCUUCAGAAAUCAACAGAUGCCGGAGCAGCCCUGCUGGAGCGAGUCGUCGUUGGCGGAGAUGAGGCGUCUCCGACAGGGACUCCAGGCACUGUACUCCAUAUGCAGGGCAUAUCGCAUCUUGGUGUCGCGGCAGACGGGAAGCCGACUGCAGAGCAUGGACAAGUUGACGGGGAUUUCAAGGCGAGGAGAAGACCACAUACACCACUAUUUCCAUCAAUGGGGGAGUUGUAUGGGGAUCCAGACCUAGAUAAUGAGGAUUUCAGUCAGAGUUCAAGUGCGGGAAGUCCCAGUACCAUUAAGCCGGUGAGGAGUAUUGCGUAG